AGCUGUAUUUUCAACAAAAAGUACGACAACACUUCACUCCGCGUGUUCUACGGAGGAAGCACACGCUCUUAUGGCCAUGGUGUUUGCAGUCGAUGGUAUUUUACAUUUGAUGGCGCAGAAUGUACAAAACCAGCUGCUAUUGAAGGUGUUGUUUACGUUAAAUCGACCCAAGUCGAACCACUUCGUCACCGCCAUAUUGAAGGCUACUGUAACCAGGUUCCUAAAGGUCACGUGCGUGUGGGGUUCUGGAUAGGCAAGUGUGCGACUCAUAGGCUCGGAAAAGGUAAUUCUGGUUGGAAUUCCAUGUCUCGUAUUGUGAUUGAAGAAGUACCACCUCCUCAAGAGUAA